AAGAACCUCGUUGCAGCCGGAAACCAAUAACAAAUGUGACGGACUGUUUCCGGAUGGCUGCUAGGAGGAGGACGCGGAGGAGCAGGCCCGGGUUCUUCCCAGUCCUCGACAUUUGCAUUUCUGCCUCCUCUCUCUCUCGCGUCCUCCCUCACGGAAUUCUUCCUGGUCGCGUGCCUGAGUCGUGGGACGCAUGAACAUGGACGAGCUUUGAUCUGUUCCUGCGAAUUUCGGAGGCCUCGCGGUUGCAAUGGCGGCCGAAGAGGACAAAAGCGGCGACUUCUACGCCGUGUUGGGGCUCAGGAAGGAGUGCUCCGAAACCGAGCUGAGGAAUGCGUACAAGAAGCUUGCCAUGAGGUGGCAUCCGGAUAAGUGCUUGGCUUCGGGAAAUGCUCGAAUCGUGGGGGAAGCCAAGGAGAAGUUUCAGGAGAUCCAGAAAGCCUACUCUGUUCUCUCAGACUCCAAUAAGAGAUUCCUGUACGAUGCGGGAGUCUACGACAACGAUGAUGACAAUGACGAAAACGGUAUGGGAGACUUUAUAGGGGAGAUGUUGGAGAUGAUGAGCCAAACGAAACCCAAUGAGAACAGCCAAGAUAGCUUCCAGGAGCUGCAGGAGCUGUUUGUGGAGAUGUUCCAGGACGACCUGGAUGCCGGAUUUGGUGGUUCCAUCUUCCACGAUUGCCCCUGGGCUCAACCGACCAAUGGCCAAGAUUGCUGGACUUCAUCGGGACUGCACUUUGCUAAUGGAAGGAGUAAGUGUGGCAACAAGCGAGGCAACUCAGCUGUGAACUUGGGAAAGGUCAAUCUUGAAGAGUUGGAACAUGGUACCAGCGACUUCUAUUUUGGGCUGAAUGAUGCAGCACAGCCAUCACAAGGGAAAGGAGGCAGUAAUAACAAGAGAAGGAAUGGAAGAAAGCAAAAGGUUUCAUCCAAUCAUGAUGUCUCAUCCUGAGAGAUCUCAGUUUAGAGCUUCUAGUUCACACCCCAUGUUUCCUUUUGUUCAGUUAUUUGUCAAAAUUUCCUAUUCUCAUGCUUUUAACUCCCGAAUUGCAAACCAUGACUCUUUGCCUGGGACCUUUCGGCCGCAGGGUAGUGACCUAGUUUCUCAAUUGUAUGCACUCUGAUUGGUAGCUGUUUGAAAUAGGAUAAAUUGGUGCUUGGUUCAA